AGCAUUUCACCACAAACACCACCUGAGGACAGACGAGAGCUCAGCUCAGCUCAGAGUCACUGCUGCCAACACAAAGAACACAGACAUGGUGUCAGUCAAAGCUACAGUGAUGGUGGUGAUGCUCCUCACCAUUUGUCUGCUGGCCACGAAUACAUCUGCAGGGAAAUUUGGCUGUUGUCGAAGUUACGUAAAAACAAAAUUGAACUUCAAUAACAUCAAGGGGUACUCUGUCCAGACUGACACCGGACUAUGUCAUAUUAAUGCCAUCAUUUUCCACACAAAGAGUUAUAGCUUCUGCACUAACCCUGCUUUGGACUGGGUCAUGAACUAUGUCAACCGUAUAAGGAGUAAGGCACAAAUGGUUCACAUCAAGACCUCACAUACACAGAAAUGAAGUUUUUUUUUUUUUUUGGCCUUUUUAAGCUUUUAUUGUAUAGAGACAGCUGAAGAGUGGGGAAGAGUUCGUACAUGGGGGCGGACACUCUACCAACUAGGGUGGCAGUAGCUCAGUCCAUAGAGACUUGGCUUAGGAACCAGAGGGUGGCCGGUUCAAGUCCAGUAUGAACUGAAAAUAUGGAAGGUAGCUGCCAGUUCACCUCCUGGGCACUGCCGAGGUGCC